AGGUCUGCAAACCCCGAGGAGCGUCCCGGUCUUUUUGUGCGUGAAUAUCCCCGGUGUUGGUGCACCGGCUGCAGCUUGUUCUCUUUCCUCCUAUCGUCCUCUGGAUAUAAGAACCACAGAGCUGCUCCGUGCUGUGGUGCAACAGUGUUUUUCACCCAGGCUGUGCUCAUCUGGCAUCAGGUGGUGUGUGACAUGUGGAUCAGGGGACAAGUCUCUCUGUGAUUGGCACUAAGCUGUUACUUUACUCACAUUAGAGGUGAGAUAAAAGCGACCAGGGAUGCUCGGCCAGUCCCCUCACCUGAUCGGGGGCAUCUUGUGGAUCCAGAACCCAAUGAGAGCUGUUCACUGCAACCUGAGCCAGAAUGGCAUCGACCACCAGAUGUGCCCGGAGGACGUGACGUCCCAGCUGGAGGGAGAGGAGGAGUCCGUGGACGCGGGGGCUGUGCUGCUGGACGACGACAGCCCGAGCUACCAUGAUGUCAGCCCGCCCAUGUACCAGCGCCGCUCCCCGCCACACCGCUCGGUCUCCGAGUCCGAGCUGACGCGGCCGGGGUACGUGAAGCUGUCCAAGCCCGUUGCCCUGUGGACCCAACAGGACGUGUGCAAAUGGCUGAAGAAACAUUGUCCCAAUCAGCACCAGAUCUACAGCGACUCCUUCAAACAACACGACAUCACAGGGCGGGCUCUGAUGAGAUUGACGGACAGAAAGCUGGAAAGAAUGGGCAUCAUGCAGGAAGCCCAGAGGCAGCACAUCCUGCAGCAGGUCCUGCAGCUGCGAGUCCGGGAGGAAGUCAGGACACUUCAACUUCUCACACAAGCCUCUCUGGAGUGCACUCCAUCUUCACCGUAGCCUGACGGAGCAGAAGGACGCAGCCGCCCACCACCUUGCAAACAUCUUCCCAGUAUGUGAACCCCAGACUUCUUCCUGGACCAAGCACAGCUCUCCGCCUCACACACCUUUCCUCUCUGCCCUCGGUGUCUUGAUCUGGAAAAGUACCCAUGCCUCUUUUCUUCCCAGCCACUCUUGAGAAGCUCCCACGAGUUCUGACUCGCUGUUUCCUCGACAACUCCUCUCAGAUUCCUGGAGUCCGACCAAUAGUUUCCAUUGCAGGAGUCUCAUCUCCAGGCAUUUGUGACCUUUGCAGCCAAACCUCCACCAGACCUCUCACGCUACAACUCCUACACUCCUCUCACACGUCCCUUUACUCCCCUCUCCCAUGCCAAAAGCCGAGCCCCAGCGAACCACCAAUCUACCCAGAAUCCAACAUUUGCUUGGCUGGGUUUCCUGAAAGCAUUUAAACACAACGAUGCCAUUGCCUUGCGGUUGGACGAUAGUUUUUAGGGAACUCCCAAAGAAAAACCCCAACUCUUACAGUUACAAUAUAAUCCAUAGUCUUUUGGUCUGUUUGUGGCAUGUUAGCUCCUUCAACGUAGCACUUUAAUGUGUGUUUUCUGCCAUGAGUACUCUUGUGGUGCACUGCUGAGUCUGGUUCUGCCCAACUAAGGACCUGACACAAGACUGCUACUCUACGCCUCUCCUUCCCUUUCUCCUCCUCAUUAUCUCUUCACAGACUCGACUGCAACAACCAGAGGAGGGUGACACAGUUUACACAACCAUGCGUGUGUUUUUGUGCUUGUUCUCUUCUUCAGUCUGUUCAUAGACCCUGUAAACAGUGUCCGACAACAGCCUGGUGAAGUAUCCGUGUCUCUUACCCUCUCCAUAUUGUGAGUCUCAGUAACCCUGAGAGAACUUUAUUGUGAAACAUUUAGCAGGGGGGGGGAUAAACACUGAACCUGGCAUCACAUUAGGUACGGUUACGUUGGCUCCGCGAAAUAGACAUUGUUGUGAAAAGCAAUCUGAAGGAGAUGAAGCAGAACCUGGGGAUGAACCGCGAGAGGGAAAUUCCCUCGAUGUCUCUAAAAGCACUGAGCUGGUAGGUAAACUGAUUUGGCGAAGCCCAAAAGGGAGGUGGCUGACAGAGGACAAGAAAGGAGCAGGAAAAGCAAAAGGGCUCCGUGAACUAAGAGAUGACAUGACUUGAAAUUCUUUACUGCUAAAGAGAGGAGGAGCAAGAUGAGGAAAAGACAUCACGGAUGACAAAAAUAAUUUUCAUUUCCUCCUCUCUGUAUUUCUACUGCUUUGUCUUUUUUCUGUCUCGCUGCUUGAAACUAUUUUUAGAUGUAUAUAUUGAAAGUUGUGUAGAGAGGAGACGUGCUGUGCUCAUCAUGGAAAUGUUGUUCGUCAGUCUGUGAGGACGAUAAUCUCUGCUGUCAAUGUGAAUUAUGGCCACUCACUGUUAUAUAUUAUUAUAGGUAUUUUAACUGCACUUAAAAAGCACAUGUGUCUGUCAUGAAACAAAACAGCUGUUACUCAGAUCAUUGUCAUCUUCUCCACUGUUUGUCCAUGAGUGUAAAUACAUUGUCAAAUCACGUAGCCAGUGUAAUGACCUCUAAAUAUCAGCUGCUGAUUUCCGUGUGCUGGAGUGAUAUUUAUCAGAAGCUCGCAUCCACGCUAGCGUAGCAUGAGCUGUUGUCACGGUAACAACAUCUUUCCUUCCCCCGGAUGAGAGUUGGCAAUCGGAGGAACAUAGAAUAGCUGCUGUGGUCAGAGGUGAGAGAAUAAAAAGGGGGUCACCACCAGCCCCUGAGAGCCAUCGCGUUUUAAUUGGAUUCCAUUUGUAUACGGCUCCCUGUGUGUGCGGCCAUUCAUUGUUUGGAUAGCGGCUGAAGCCUAAUGCGGCAAAGAGCAGAUUGAAUACUAUUGAUCAGUAUUUCAGGACGUACAAUCAGUCCUCAUGGAUUACAAAAGCCUCAAGGACUGUGUGCACGCGCACUCACGCACGCUUACAGUCACAUAGGAAUGGAGCUGUUCGAGCUAAAACACAAGUGGCUAUUUCACGGUUGGGUGGAGAUGUCGUGUCCAUGUCUGUCAAGGCCACCGGAGGAAGGAGAGGCUCGAUGCUUCCGUUAAGUUUGGAAUUUCUCCACUUCUCAAUUUCCCAUUGGAAAAUGUCGACAACUGAGCUCGAAGAAAUGGUUUCCAGGACUUAGAGGCUGCCAAGUGUGAAACCCAGUGCAAUUAAUGCAAAUGACUGCUGAAAUAUAACCAUUUUUAUCAUUAUAAUACAUUAAAUAUGAUAUUGUUCAGAAACCAUAGGCAAUUAGCUUCUUAUUGGCAUAAAACAAAUAGUUCAGUGUUUUUUUUUUUGCAAAGAAGUGGAUGAAAAGACAGAUUCCACCGAUGUAUCUGCAGCUGAAUAUGAAGCAAACUAAUUUACAAGCUAAUAUACAGUAUAUUAGCUUGUAUUAGCUUAGCAUAAAAACUGGAACCUGAAGAAUAUGUAAUAUACCUAUAUCACCACUGAAUCUGACGAACCACGAGACCAUGUUACAAAGAAAUAAGAUUUGGUAUGUUAGUAAGUUAGCUUUAACGUGAUAGAAGGUUGCUACUCUGAGCUAGCUUGCAUGUUUAUGCUAGGCUAAACAAACAGACAUAUUUCCCAAAAUUGCAGACUGUUUUUUUGAAAUCUAAUCUUCUGCUUGGAUAUGGUCUGAAACAUGUGCUCUGCCUGAUAAAGCCAAGAUCCCAAAACCUGCUGCGCAAAAAUCUAACGAUCUAUUAAUCGCUUCAGUAGAGUUUCAUCACAUCUGUGAUGGUAGCCAUGGAGAGUAACGACUCUUAGUUCAAGUUCUUUGUUUGUAUCUGAAUUUCUUUUCUAUUUUAGGUCAAGACCAAAAAGUUGGUUGCAGACUCUCCGCCCCCACACGUAUAAUUCCGGUCAAAAUUAUUUCCACCCCUGAAGAACAAAAUUCAGAAUAUCUUCAGAAAUAAAUGCAAAUUGACCAACUUUGUGUAAUCAGACUGUCCAAGGUUACUGAACAAAGGAAAGUAGACUUGCAUAAAAACAGAAAUAAUACGAAACAAAAUGAAUCCUGGGCCCAGUUAUCAUCCAGCCUGUAAGCAUUUCGCAGUCUCAAGGCUUCUUGUACCUGUCUGCUUUCACCAUAGGAAUCCUUUUUGCAAUGGUAGAUUUCACCUCUGUAGGUUUUCAAUGGGAUUUAGGUCAAGUGUAGUUCCUUGCCAGUCCAAUCUUUUCCUUGACAGCCAGUAUUUUCACCUGCUGUGUGCUGUUUGGAUCCUUGUCCAGCUGAAAAACCAAAAAGCCCAAUACCUUUGCUUCAAAAUGGUUUUGCGAAACACAUUUGGCUCUAAAAUGCCUUAGUAACCUGAUUUUAUAAUUCCUUCAACACUCAAUCCCUCCAGCACCAGAGGCAAGAAAGCAGCCCCACAGCAUGAUUGAACCUCCUCUAUGUUUUAUUGUAGGUUGGGUGUUCUUUUCCUGAAGGGUUUCAUUUCAUCAUCUUUACGCUGACCGGUGCAUGGCAUCCCCAAGAGCUCUACUUCGGUUUCAGCUGUCCAUAGAACAUAAUCCGUGAAAAACAGUUUUUGUGAUGAUUGGUCCUACCUUUCUAUGCCUUUCUUUCAAUAGUGGUGUCUUUCUUGGCCUUUAUCCCUGGAGCCCUGCUUGGUUUAGUGUGCAGCAUAUGAUACGAGCAGAAUCCACCAGCCCUGGUCGCUCCAGAACAGCCUGAGUCUUUAGAUGUCUUGUGUCGUGUUUUCACAUCAACUUUCGCAGACUUAUCUCCUCGUGUUCCUCGUUAGCUCAACGUCAACGAAGCAUCUUAACAGAUUUAUGACUGUGGAAGUUUUUGCCAACGAUACAUAUUGUUGAAAAAGGGUUUUCAAUAUCCUUUGUGAUGAACUUGUCCAUAUCUAUAAUCGUCACAUAAUGUAAAUGAUUAAAUUCCUGUCCACCCCCAACCCCUGCUGUUGCCUCUGUGUGGAUGCGGAGCGACUGAGGUAGUGGCUGGAUCCGGGUCUUGUCCUCCGUUAUACAGACUCAGUCGUCUGCAGCCCUCAUAUAUAAUGUAUAGACUAAUAUUCACCAAGCAAACCCAAACACCCUGAUAAUUGUGGGUGUAUGUCAUCUCCAUUGUUGUCGGGCUCUCUCACGGUCGCAGUGCAUAUUGGUCCAGUGAGGUUAGGAUUAGAGUCAGUCAAGUUCAGGUUAGAGUAAAUCAGGUUGGGGAUAGAGUUACUCGGGUUAUGGUUAGAGCUAGUCAGGUUGGGAUUAGAGUUAGUCAGGUUUGGGAUUAGAGCUAGUCAGGUUGGGAUUAGAGUUAGUCAGGUUUGGGAUUAGAGCUAGUCAGGUUGGGAUUAGAGUUAGUCAGGUUGGGAUUAGAGUUAGUCAGGUUUGGGACAGGAACAAAGGGUUAGGGUUGAACAAAUCUCCCUUUAAUGACAGUAAGCUUUGACUUAAAAUAGAGGAAAGAGAGAGCCAGGUAAUGCAGAGCACACAAAGUAAAAAGAUAAAGAAAGUAACAGAUCUGAAUCUCACCUCAGUACUGAAUGAAUGAUGUUGAAAUGUCAAAAGCUGGACCUACGUGAUAUUUAAAGACUGGAAUCAGAGUCAGACAGGCAGCAGACAACCAGUGAUUCUUCAAUCAAUGGAGGCAAUGCAGUGUUUUCAAGUCCACUUAUUUUCAUUUGUUGCACUCAAGGCUCGUAUGAAAAAAACUGGUGCACACAGACAAUGGUCGACACUCCAUGUCAGGUUUUUUGAUAAUGCCGUGGACACAGAGGCUUUACUCUCCCUUGGUUUUGUUGUAGGCAGGCAGUUUUAUUUAUAAAUCAUGUUUUAUACACAGAGGAAGUUUCAAGGUGCUGAACAUGCACAUUCAAAAUAACAGAGACACAAUUUCAAAUCUAUUUAAAAUCAAAAAUCAGUUUUCAAGCAAAAUAAAAGAGGUUAAAAGAGAUUAGAAUAAAAGUGGCUAAGAGACUAAAAGAGGUCAAAGAAAUAAAAAGGAUAAAAGCUGUAUAAAAAAUAGCAAGAUGAAGAAGUAUGCAAAUGGAAUAGAUAGAAAUGUGUAAAAUCAAGGAUACAAUAUAAUAAAUGUAAAAUAAGUUGGAGUAAAGUAAUAGAAAGUAAAUAGAUAGAAAUUCCCCUUUAUGCAGUAAAACCAUUGACUAUUCAGUCCAUGUGAACUGAUUCUGAAAAUCAAGCAGAGGAGAGUUUUUAUUUUCUGCAAAGAACUCAUUUAAAUCUAUCCGAACAAUCCCGAUAAUGUAUGUAUGUUUUAUUCUGCUAUAAAAAAAAUCAAUAUGUUCAAUAACUUUUAAAGUUCAUUAAAUAUUCUGCUCUUACAACAUCAGUUCAUUUGAACCUAUUUUCUGAUUCAAAGAGGCUAAAGUUAAUUUUUGUUUUAAUUGUCCAUAUGUCAGGCUGCAGCACUACAACAGUGUAAAGGAAUAUUGAUUCUCUCUUGUUACUCUCAGUAUUUAGGCUCCAUACUUUCAGGGAGAGAAGUCAGGGAAAAGAUUUCCCUCCAGAGGAACGAGGGAAACUUUCCACGGUGUCCCCUGCUCAGAUAUCCAGAUAGAACCAGCCUGAGAUGUGGCAGCUGUGCCAAGGUGUCUGAGGACUUGCCUUAACUGGCUCAGCCGUGGUCUCCCAGUACCUGUUAAGAGGUUUGGCACGUACUCAUAGACACUGACACACAAUGCACUGUUACACAAGAGAAUGCAGACUAAACCUCACACAACGUUGUCGGUUGCACAAUAACUUUUUCUUUCACACGCUGGCACUCACGUAGAAUGCACACAGGCCCAGACUGUGUGUGUAAAGUACAAAUACACACGCACACACGGUGAUACUCAAUACACCCAGAAGAAAUAAACACACUCCUUCCUCAACAAAUUAGCAGUAAACACAGUCGGAGCUGUUAACACAUUUCACAUCAGUGAUGAAGACAUUAAAACAACACCUCGCACACAAUCUAAACGGAAGACAAACAAAUCGAGCCUUUUCUUUCCACCGCGCUGACGGUAUGUUUUGAUUUUCUUUAGUUCCGGGUGUUACAGGCAUGCAGAGCAAGUCACUACUCCCAGUCUAUCUACAUAUACGGUGCCUAAGGAUGGAUGUGAAUGAUGAUGUCGAUAUCAUGAUGGGUACAUAUACAUAUAUAAUA